CAAAAACGAAAAACCCGGAUGUUUGGCUCAAACUGACUUCCGGAAGUUUGGGACGUGGGAGGAGGCGGGGCAAACCCUCGCGAUACUUAAGCCUCCAGGCGAGCGUUCGUUGCCGAGGAGACGGUAGGACUAGCUCGCGCUCGCCAGUUUGACGCUCUAGCCACGUGGGUCGGUUGAAGAUGGCGGCAGCCCAGGCAGUGGAAGAAAUGCGGGACCGCGUGGUUCUUGGGGAGUUCGGGGUUCGCAAUGUUCAUACCACCGACUUCCCCGGUAACUAUUCCGGUUAUGACGAUGCCUGGGACCAGGAGCGCUUCGAGAAGAAUUUCCGUGUGGAUGUGGUACACAUGGAUGAAAACUCAUUGGAGUUCGACAUGGUGGGAAUUGAUGCAGCCAUCGCCAAUGCUUUUCGACGCAUUCUAUUAGCUGAGGUGCCAACCAUGGCUGUGGAAAAGGUUCUGGUGUACAACAACACAUCCAUAGUCCAGGAUGAGAUCCUUGCUCACCGGCUGGGACUCAUUCCCAUUCAUGCAGAUCCUCGUCUUUUUGAGUAUCGGAAUCAAGAAGAUGAAGAAGGCACAGAGAUAGACACUCUGCAGUUUCGGCUACAAGUCAGGUGCACUCGGAACCCCCACGCUUCUAAAGAUUCCUCUGAUCCCAGUGAACUCUAUGUGAACCACAAAGUGUACACCAGGCACAUGACAUGGGUGCCCCUGGGGAACCAGGCUGAUGUCUUCCCAGAGGGCACUAUCCGGCCAGUGCAUGACGACAUUCUUAUUGCUCAGCUGCGGCCCGGCCAGGAGAUUGACCUGCUCAUGCACUGUGUCAAAGGCAUUGGCAAAGAUCAUGCCAAGUUUUCGCCUGUGGCAACAGCCAGUUACAGGCUCCUGCCCGACAUCACCCUGCUUGAGCCUGUGGAAGGAGAAGCAGCUGAAGAGCUGAGGCAGUGCUUCUCACCUGGUGUCAUUGAGGUACAGGAAGUCCAAGGUAAAAAGGUGGCCAGAGUUGCCAAUCCCCGGCUGGAUACCUUCAGCAGAGAAGUCUUCCGGAAUGAGAAGCUAAAGAAGGUUGUUCGGCUGGCCCGGGUUCGGGAUCAUUAUAUCUUCUCUGUUGAGUCCACAGGGGUAUUGCCACCAGAUGUGCUGGUGAGUGAAGCCAUCAAAGUCCUGAUGGGAAAGUGCCGGCGGUUCUUGGAUGAACUAGAUGCGGUUCAGAUGGACUGAGGUUUGCCCUGGACACUUAACUGGGAUGGGUAGCCUUCGAUGCUCUCAUGCAAGCUGAAGAUUUUGGGUUCUGGCCUGUACCCACAGGACUACUGUACAGAGCCCAGUGUGACUAAGGGUCCUGAAUUUCCUGGGGCAGUUCUAGCUUUUAGUCAAUACGUUUUGUUAAAUGUGUCAUGAAAUGUGAUUGCUAUGCCUUUGUAAGGCUUUUCUUUCAUGUAAAUAAAUUCAUAUUCAAACAAAAAUCGUUUUGUCAGAUCACAUCUUGAUUUUUGGUCCCAAAAUAUAAGGCCUUAGAACAGUUUUGCUCAUUUAGGAAUUAGGAACAUUGGGCUCAGAUGUCACUGCAGGUCAGGACCAAGCCUCCUGAGAAAAGCCAAACUGAAGUAAAUUAAAGUGGUCUCUGAUGGCACAGGCACCAGAAACCUAGAGGCCUAGAGGAACCAGAGUCAAUCUACCUUUUCACCUAUUCCCUGGAUUAUCGGGGGAUGUUCCUGAUAGAAAAAAGGGUAGUAACACUGCUAUCAAUAGCUACAUGAGAGGAACAGCAAUUCCCUGGGCAGUUGUUAGGGGUCUGGUCCAGCAGCCAUCUGUUACAGACACUGGGAGAAUGGUAUGGGCUGCCUGGUCUAGGUAGCCAGGAAGAGAUCUUUUUCUAGCUGACAGUUUAACUCCAGUCCAUCAGUCACUGUUCCUCUUGCCCAGUGCCUUUGGCGAAUGCUUAUGAGUAGUAAUGACCCUGAAAUAUGUCACUGGUAUUAAGACUGGUUAGAAAAAGGCAGAUGGGGCCCUUUCUAUAUAAAAUUGAGAUUUUUACUGACAUGCAGAUAUGCUUCAGAAUUAAUGUUUCUACAAAAAGGUUCUAUAAACAAUAGAAAAUUUCUAGCAUGAAGU